AUGACUAAAGCCCAAAGUAUAAUUCAUUUUUCAAAGUUCGUUGUUAAUGAACAAAAAACAAAAUACACAUAUGCUCUUGUUAAUUUAAAACCAAUUGUUCCUGGUCAUGUCCUUGUUGUCCCAUUAAGAAUUGUUCCAAGAUUAAAAGAUUUAACAGAUGAAGAAAGUAUAGAUUAUAUGAGAACUCUUCAAAAAGUUCAUAAAUUCAUUGAAUAUAUCUAUAAAGCUGGAUCAUUAAACAUAGCAAUCCAAGACGGUCCAGAAGCUGGUCAAUCUAUUCCUCAUUUACAUGCACAUUUGAUUCCAAGAACUCAAAAAAACAAUAUAGGCGAUAAGAUUUAUGAAAAAUUAAAUAAAGAAGAUCUAGAAGAUGAAUUUCAUAAAAGAAAACAAUAUCAGAGAGAACACGAUGAUUUUGUUGUUAAACCUGAUUCAGAAAGAUUUGAUAGAACUGCUGAAGAAAUGAAGAAAGAAGCGCUUUGGUUAAGUGAAGAAAUUACAAAAUAUUACAAUGAAUAA